AUGGAUAAAAAUAAUAAAGAAGAACUGGUUUAUAAAUGUUUAUAUAUCCAAUGCAAAGCAUUUUAUAAUAAUAAAUUGGAUUUAGAUAAUCACCUUAUUAAUUCAUACCACAACAAUAAUGUUAAAGUUUAUAGUUUGAAAUGUCCAGUUAAGGAGUGUGAUUUUAUUAUAGACGACAGAGAAAGUAAAGAAUAUUGUGAGAAAGAUGAUGAUUUACGAUUAUUUUUAACUCACCACAUGAACUUAUGCCAUAUAAACAUUCUUGCCAAAGCUUUAGAUGUUUUUGAUGAAGUAAAUAUAAUAAAGAAUAAACAAUAUAACGAUAUUACACUGAUUUCUAAAGAUAAAUUAUUUAAUAAGAAUUUAAUAGAAGAUGUUUAUAUAAAAGAUUUACUUAGUUGCAAUUCCGAGUUAGGAAAAAUGCUUUUAAAGAUGCAUGAAGGUUAUUGCCUAAUUAUUAAGGAAGGUAAAUACUAUAAGUGUAAAAUUUGGGGAUGUUGUAUGAUAUUUGUCUCUAAAAAGGCUUAUAAGCUUCAUAUUUUAAGAUAUAAGCACUUGCUUUCUAAAAUUGUUAAUAUAAAUUCAAAUGAGUGCACACUUAAUUUUAAUGUUUUAUUAGAAGAACUAAAUUAUUUUAAAAAAGUAUUUGCUGUUAGUGGCAUUAUACAAUUUUUUGGAGAUGAAAAUGAUUUUUUAGGUCCUAUUCUAUUUAAAAAUGAUCUUACAACAGAUAAUAGUGUUGUUGGUUGUGUAUACAAUAGUAAUGGUAUAGUUAAUAAUCAUAUCGCAUCUGCUAAAUCUAUUUUAGAAUCUAUAAAUGAAGAAACCUUAAGUUUUGAGAACAUAGAAAUUAUUUUUUAUAAAAACACAGAAUAUAACGAUUUAUCGGCUAGUAUUGGAUCGGGACUUUUUUACAGGAAUAUAAAAGAAUGUAUUACACAUUGUCUUUUUGUGAAAAUAAAAAAUCCUUUAUUUUUAGUUUGCACUAAAGAUAACUUUACACCCGAUUUUUUUUAUAAAUUUGAAUCAUGUAGUGCCAGAAUAUAUUUUUUAGAUUUAAGUUUGAAAAUUUUAGAUAAAUUUGAGUUUAAUUUUGGAUUUGUGCGAAAAAUGAUAGUUGAUACAAAAGAAAAUUCAUUGUCUGUAUUUAUUUUAUUUAGCGAUGGCGUGAUUCGUAAGUUUAAUUUUAAAGAUAAAAAUUAUGAUUUUAUACCCUUAGAUGUUUUUAAUAUAAUAGAUUUUGAAGUAAUGGAAAAAGAUACUAUUAUUUGUACUGACGGAAAAUUGCUUUUUAAAUGUGUAAAAACUAAAAUUGUGAAACAGUCUGAUUUCUUUGAUUCAUUUAUCAAUUCGAUAUGUAUUCGUACUAACGUUCAAGACAAUAGUUUAUUACCUCCCCUCGAAUGCGAUAAUAUGCUAACAGAUUUAAAAACCAAAACCAGUACCAAUAUUGUAUGCUGCAGUACAGUAAAUGGUUAUAUUUACUCUGUUGAUACUAAUUUAAAAAAUCGUUUAUCUUUACUGAAAAGUUUUUACACGCAUAAAAUUAUUUAUUUACAAGAAGACGAUGAGAUAUUGUAUACAAAUCAACUGGGUUUAGCUACCAAAUUACUUACUAUAGAAAAGACAUAUACUAAAACAAAAACACUCAAAAAUUCGCUUUUUUAUUCCGCUUGCCGUAGCAAAACCGGCCUCAUUUUUGGACAAUACGAUGGUCAGUUGAUUUUUUUAAGAAAAAAUAGAAAAAAAGCACAGCCUAAAAAUUUAUUUUAUUUUGUAAAAAAAGGCAGUUAUUUUUUAAUUUUAGACAAACAAGAAGACGUUAAUACAGUAGAUCUCAUUGAUAACAAAUGUUUAAUUAUUAAUAUUUUACAUUAUGAUAAGCAUAUUUACCUUUUUUUUAAAUGUGGAAUUAUUCUUAAAUUUUUUUCAAGUAAAUUGUAA